UUUAUUGUUUAAAGGAGUAAGUCUCAAAUUUUAUUUAUUAAAUUUAGAUUGAAAUCCUUUGAAAAAAUCACUUUUAUUAACCAUGCAUUUAAAUUUAUUUGGGAGAGCACAAUUUUGUCUUUAAUUUACUCUAUGAGCGCAAAUAAAACAAAAUUGAUUAUUUAUUAUAAUUUGCUAUAAACAAAUUUAAUUUUAUUGAAGAAAUUUGCUUAAAUUUAGUAAAUGAGAAUAUUUUAUAUAAUUUUUGCUAUUUUGUUGAUAACAAUUUUUAUAAGAUGCUAAGAUAAAUACAUAGCUUCUAAUCUAUUUGAAAUGUAGACUCUGAAAUUAGUAGAUUAUUAAUCAAACCCUCAAUCUAAUGGCUCGAGAUAAGUAGCAAAAACUAUUAAUUUUUAAUCUUUAUUCUCUACUAUUCCAUAUGUAUUACUAGGAAUUUGUGAACUUGAUUUUUCUAUUACAAUAGGUUAAUCUCAGUUUAAUUUAUAAGUAAAUUCAGUGAAUGCUAAUUCUGUUAAUUUAUAAUUUACUAAGUAAGGAUCAUAUACAUUUUAUAAUUUUGGAAUAGUAAUGCUUGCUAUUUAAGAUAGUAAUAUUAAAAUUUAAUAAUUUAGUCUCAAAGGUUCUGAUGGCAUGAACUAAAAAAAAAAUUUUUAAUUGCCAACAAAAGCAUCCAUAUAGAAACAAUCCUUUUGCUUUUUAACUGGGUUAAGUUACACUUCCAGUAACAAUUAGCUUUAGUUUGGUGUUAAUGUAAGUUCUUUUACUUAAGAUGAUUACACAAUUACCAUUGUUACUUAAGAUAUAAGUGUAGUAAAUACCAUAAAUGUAAAUUGUAUAGAGUAUUAUUCAAUGCAAUAAGGAGAUUAUUCUAUGAUUACUGAAAUAUAGAACCUUAAUUUUUAAAAUUUAAAUAUAGGUGGUUCUCCAAGCUCAUAGCAAAAAGAUGUAACUAGAAACAGUUAAAUAGAAGGCACUACUUCAGUCAACUUUUUUGGUAUUUCUACUAUGAAAAAUACAUAUUAAAAUCCAAAUUCAAUAAGAAUUUAAGUUGCAAAUAGCUUUACUACAAAUAAAAAUACAAUUUAGGUGUAAACUCGUGAUAGUAGUGAUAUAAUAAACAUAGAUAUUGGUUUUUUUAAUUAUUCAAUUUACAACUGCUUCCACAAUGAAGGAAUUAAAAAAAUAAAUUUUUCAUAAAAUUAAAAUUGUGUUUAAGUUUGCCCAGAUGGAAAUUACUAAUAAAUUUAUUCCUAUUAUAGUAUUUGUGUUCCAAAUUGUGAUAAUAACUAGUAUUCUUUAAAUAAAGUAUGUUAUAAUAGCUAUCCAAACAAUUCUUAUUGUAGUGCUGAUAAGAUGUGUUAACAAUGUAAAUCUCCUUAUUGCUAAUAGUGUGAAUCAAAUCUUGAAGACUGUUUGCAAUGUGUGCCAGACUAAUUUUAAUUAUUAAAAACUUGCAGUCCUGAAAAACCAAAAAAUGCAUAUUGCAAAAUAAAAAAAUGA